CCUCCGCACAGACCUCUAGGCUGUCAGUGGGCAGGCAGAGGAAGUGAGGUCUCAGCGAGAAGCCAGACUGAGCGGUUUCACUCUAGCCCUGAGAAUUCAGGAGAACCCCUUCUAAAGGGGCAGAAGGUAGCCCUAGCCCUGGGGAGCAGCAUUUGGGGGUCGAAGGUGACCCCUGAAUUUGAGUCCUUCCUGCAACCUCAAAGCUAGAAUGUAUGGUGAUGGGGCCAGCUCCUCCCUGGAGCCAGCCACCUGCUGCUGCUGUCUAGGACAGCCCUUUCUGCUCUGUGGUCUAUAAGCCUGACCUCAGGAGGAAGGCAAAGCUGCAGGAGGUGGGCCUGGGUGGGUAGGAUGGGGAGAGGAAAGGAAUCUACCUCUGUGUCAGGCACAGCCUCCGGUUGCCACAGCCAGAGCCCUCAGCUGUGAACUCCACAAGGGCUGGGGGUGGGCAAGGGGACCACAUAAGUCCUGGGGGGAAUCUUGUGGAACUCACUGCCUAUGUACACAAGCUACUAGCCCAACCUGCAAAGCUGUCUGAAGGCACAAGGUUGGGGAAGGCUGCCCCCUAGAGCCAGGUUCAAAGAAUUCUUUAUGGACAUUCGGCCGUGCUUUUCUUUGUGUAUUGAAUGAAUAUUUAUCGAGUUCCUACCUAGGCACCUGGUAUUAUACUAAGCACUGGGAAUACAGAAGUGAUCAAGGCAGGCAUAAAGUGAGUAACUAUUAGUUUGCCCUAUGUUGAGGGGCUUUCUGGAAUGUGGAACUUUUUGUGGUAAAACUGGAAAAGUUCCUGGUAAAUCAGGACGAGUAAAUCACCCUGAGAUAAGCCCCUGCCUUCCUGGAGAUUAUAUUCCAAUAGAGACAGCAGGAGUAGGGGUGGAAAGGAUAAAUACAAGUUCUUGUCAUGGGGUGCUGGCGCUGUGGGUCCUGGUGACGCACGUGAUGUACAUGCAGGAUUACUGGAGGACCUGGCUCAAGGGGCUGCGCGGCUUCUUCUUCGUGGGCGUCCUCUUCUCAGCCGUCUCCAUUGCUGCCUUCUGCACCUUCCUUGUGCUGGCCAUCACCCGGCACCAGAGCCUCACAGACCCCACCAGCUACUACCUCUCCAGCGUCUGGAGCUUCAUUUCCUUCAAGUGGGCCUUCCUGCUCAGCCUCUACGCCCACCGCUACCGGGCUGACUUUGCUGACAUCAGCAUCCUCAGUGAUUUCUGACCCAGGGGGUGAGGUCUCUGCACCCUGAGGGGCUUAGGACCUGGACUCAGCCUCUGAGACGUUGGGAGGGGCUACUCCCACCCUCUGGGGGCCCCAGAACUGUGGCAGAGAAUACACAGCAGGACCAGCGUGGUCUCCUAGGAAGCUGUCCCACCCAUCCCCUUUGGGGGAGACCUGGGUGUGGUAGAGAGGGGAUCCUGCCAUGUUGCUCCUCAUCGGCCUGGACAGAGGGCAGCUUUAGACCUUUUCAAAUGGAUCUGUUUUCUUUUUUCUUUUUUUUUUUUUUUUUUGAGAUGGAGUCUCACUCUGUCAACAGGCUGGAGCGCAGCAGCGCAAUCUCAGCAUCUCGGCUCACUGCAACCUCCACCUUCUGGGUUCAAGCAGUUCUCUCAGCCUCCCGAGUAGCUGGGAUUACAGGCGCCCACCACUAUGCCCGGCUACUUUUUGUAUUUUUAGUAGAGAUGGGGUUUUACCAUGUUGGCCAGGCUGGUCUUAAACUCCUGACUUCAGGUGAUCCACCUGCCUCAGCCCCCCUAAAGUGCUGGGAGUAUAGGCAUGAGCCACCGUGCCCAGCCUGGAUCUAUUUUCUUAGCAUGCAGUGAAGAAUCUUUGUAUGUAAGGCCAGGACAACAAAGUCAAGAGGUCAAGGGGUAGAGCCAUGAGGCCUGGACCUAUGCUGCAGGCAGGGGCUUUUGUCCCUGCUGCCCUAGGCACUCUCUCCCCAAGGCCAGGGUGGGGACCUGGGGAGGUCAGGUCAGGAAUCCCUAGCAGAGACCGCUGAAGCCCCCAUCCCAUCACUGCUGCGAGCUGGUCUCCCAUGAGUGUGCUAGAGCCAGAUAGCCAUGGCCCCCCACCCAUCUCUCACUCACAUACACAGGCAUCCACACACCCCAGAGAAUGACUUCUCAAAUCAGGCCAGACUCAGGGUCACAGGGAAUGUGCUCCUACCCCUGGAAGUGCUUUGGGGAAGGGGGCAACAUGGUAGAGGCUGGAAGGAGCCCCCAAACCUGUGCCCAUGCCCCUCCAGCCCUGCGUUUCCACUCUGCCUUCUCAGAGUACCCUCACUGCACGCAGACCAUUGGCCAGGAGAGACCUCUCCCACUCCAGCCCCUCCACUGCCCUUCAACUAGAGCUUUCACCUUUUUACAUCUCUCUUCUGAAGGACACACAUCUGCUUUUCUGCCCAUACACUGGCCCAAGGGCUGACCUCACUCAGGAGGGAAGGGGCAGUUGUCACAAGGAUGAUUUGAUGUUAGGCUGCCAUUUUACAUGGUCUCCCCCUUCCCACCUGAUGUGUCCUGCCCCUCAGCUCUUUGCCUUAUCUGUGUCACUGUCACUUUAGCAAAAAUACAGCGGCCAUUUGUAUCAGA